CGUCGACAGCGACUCAACCAUUUGAAGUUGAACCAACCCGCCGACGCCGGCGCCGGCGAUGACGCGCGCACAGGACGGCGGCUGACCGGCGGCGCGCGGUACAUAAGCUGGACUGGAUGGUCCGUGUUCUGCCCCGCCUCUUUGCCUCUUCCUUCCAUCCCCGCUGCUGUUUCUGACCCAGGUGGUCUUGCUCUCGUAUUGCUAUCGUACUUCUCCGCGACUGGAUCGCCUAUUAUCUCUCCGCACCUCACCCACUGCCUUGCACGCUCCGUUCCCAGUCCUUCACCAUGGUUGGCCUCCAGCGUCGCUUCACCCUUCUCGCUGCUCUCACCACCAUCGCUGCGGUCUCGGUCAUCCCGUCCACUGUUGAGUGCGCCGUAGUGCCCGCUGACUACAAGGAAGCCGAAGCAAGUGCGGGUGCCCCGGAAGUCCACCACUCGACUCGCAGUCAUUCCUUGACGCACACCGAGGCUGCCGACCCCACCCAGUCGACAAGUUCGGACCAUGUCAAGAGCGGGAAGUCACAGCGACAACAACAGCCAGUUCUCCCUCUGCCCAUUGGUCACUCGGGUGAGGGGAAGAAGUCUAAGGACGUCGUGAGCGACGUGGGGACUCACCACAAGGACAAGCGCGACGCAUGGGAUGAACCUGACUACACGCGCCGCCCAGAGCUCGCUUGGCUGGCGAGCCACGACGAUGCAGUGAAGCACGACAUGGACAUCAUGCACAUCCCCGGGAAGCGUCACGACCAUGACGAUCAUGACCGUCAUCACGACAAAGUCACCGUCAACGGAGACCACGACGACGUUCACAUGCAUAGCCGAAUGGUCAAUUCCCGCCUUCGUGCUCGUGAUCCGAACGAUAUUGCCCACAUCGAGGGCGGCGCAGGUCCCCACAUCCUCCCGGACGGCCUCGUUCGUCGCUCCCCGCAUGACCGCCAUCACAACAAGGUUGUCGUGGACGGCAACGACGACGACGACGACCGCGGUCAUGAACAUCCGUCUGUACACGUACGUCGUUCGCCACGGCAUCACGACCACGACCGUCACCGUCAUGACAAGGUCGUCGUUGAUGGAAGCAACGACAAUGUCCAUGUUUCCCGCUCGCCUCAUGACCACCACGAUCAUGACCGGAAGAAGGUCAUUGUUAAAGGCGACAAUGACAACGUUGACGUUCACCACCGGAGAGCUGACGUGGGACCCUCCGUCCAUGUCUCGGACAACAAUGGCUCUCCGUCCGUGACUGUGACUGCGUUUGUGCAACGCGAUGGACAACAGACGGUCGGUGUGCCAGGGUCAAUUGACAUCAUGAGCGAGGACCCUAGCUCAGAGAACGCCGUGAAGAUCGCCUCUUUGGUCCUGUCGGCGCCCUCCAACGGAACAUCUAGGGAAGAUAAUGCGACGAUGUCUACCUUCGUCCUGAACGCGUCUGGCGCCGACCAUACCCAGAUGUAUCUCGUGGCCAUCCCCGAUGCAGGCAACUCAACAUCCUCGGGGAACGCUGCGUCUUCUGGCAACUCAACAUCCUCUGGGCCAGCCCCCCUUAUGGUCGCUUUGCAGGUUCCCGUGUUCAAUGCGGCCAAUGCCACGAUGGACAACUGGUGUGCUACCUUCGACCCGAUGCCGUCCAAGCCAUCGCCGAUGUACGUCCAGGAGUGUAUGGCUAACGUCACCGCUGGUGGAGAGCAUAUGAGUCAAGUCUUUGCUUACGAACCGGCUUCUGGCGUCAUCCGGCCUAUGUGGUCUCUUGACGGCUCAGACUCGGACUCGGACAGCAGUGUCUAUGGAUCAGACAGCUCAAAUCCAACGUCGACAACAGUUGCUAGCGAGGCCUCUUCGACGACGACAGCGAACCCGACGUCGAGCACAGCUCCCACGGAGACGAACCUCGCGCAAGACAUCGUCAACCUCGAGGCAGACCGGACGGAAGCGACGACGCCGCCGUCGCGCGCCGCGUCCUCUGCGAAGAUCUUUGACACGAACUCGGCUGCUCAGCCGAGGAACGUCACGCUGGUGUUCACCCCUGCGGCGCCGAUGUUCGUCGCGCCGGUGGCGGGCCCUGUUAAGGCGGUCGUGCCAGCUUCGACUGGAGAUGACGAUGGCGGCGAUGGAACUGCUGACGAUGAUGGCGACGACGGCGGUGAUCAAGACUCUGGCGACGGCUCGGACGACGAUGGCUCGGACGGCGGUUCUGAUGACGAAGACUCUGGCGACGACUCUGGGCUGGACGCCUCUGCUUCCAUUGGGUUUGGUUCGUCUUCGGCUCUGAGCUCGACGGUUUCUGCUACUGCUACGAGCUCUGGCACGUCUUCCACUGCGACGACUGAUGCUUCGUCUUCCUCGGCUACUUCGUCGACGAGUGUCUUCUCUGAACCGGCGGCGAGGGUCGUGUCGACGUCCUCGGCUGCUCCUUCGUCAACGGCAACUUCGUCUUCGAGCGACACGGGCUCGACGAGCACGCCUACUGACUCGAUCGCCACAGACUCUGCGACGACUACUACUCAAGAUCCUAGUCUGGCUGUGGAGGUGUACGACCCGAGUGCGACGGAAUCUCCGAGUGCUUCGACGACGGACUCUAGCACGGCGACUGCCUCGGCGACAGACUCGUCUGACUCGACGGGGUCUACCUUAUCGGCUUCUAUCGUCGCUCGGUACAGGAUUCUUGAGGACUAUUCCAGCAUUGUGGUCUCAAACUCGACGUCGAGCACCAUGGGCACUGACUCGACGAGUACGACGAGCACGGUCAGUGCGGAGAUGACUGGCUUUGCGGGGAGGCUCCGGGAGGGAACUGCGAUCCCCGGCAACAAGGGUUGGGUUCAGGUUUGAGGGGGAGGUUGUAGGAGAGAAUGUUUCUGGUUACGGGCACAUUCCUACCAUUAGAGUUCGACGACAUAAGCACACAUUAGUACCCUACCGUCGUUGGCGAUAAUUCUGCAAUAUAAUCUGUUUAAUGGGCUUGUACUUGCCU